UACCAAAAGAAAAGCUGCGAGAGAAGUAGUACUCCGUACUUUUUUUUGCAAAACCUUGGCCCAUAGCCAACCUCGAUCCAAAUUCUGCAUUCCCCACUCAUCGGAACGGAGCCCUGCCACCUUCCCUCCAAUGGCGUCUCUCGACACAGACGUGAUGAUUAUUCCGGCCGGCGAGGGUUCCAGCGGCGCUGCACCGUCGUCUUCAACCAAGAAAGGCAAGAAAUUCGAGAUCAAAAAGUGGAACGCAGUUUCCCUCUGGGCCUGGGAUAUUGUGGUGGACAACUGUGCUAUUUGUAGGAAUCACAUCAUGGACCUCUGUAUCGAGUGCCAAGCUAAUCAAGCUAGUGCCACAAGCGAGGAAUGCACAGUUGCUUGGGGGGUUUGCAACCAUGCCUUCCACUUCCAUUGUAUCAGCAGAUGGCUCAAGACACGUCAAGUUUGCCCCUUAGACAACAGCGAGUGGGAGUUCCAGAAGUACGGGCACUAGAUUCCCUAUCCAAAUUGAACUACAUAUGGCUGCAUUGGUAUUCUAUCUCAGCGAUCUCAAAUCCUACAUUCCCCGUUGCCCUUUGAGUUUCCACUUGCAAACUGCACAAUGAAGAAUCAGGGUGAGUGUUAAUUAAUCCUGACUUUAUGCUUUUUGAAAACAUAUUGAUGAAAUCUCAGUAGUUUAUAAUUUCCAAAUAUGUCAAGCCUGUUAAUCUGAAUGGUUUAUUUGUUGGAAAAGAUGCUGAGAGCUCUUUUAAAGAUUGAUUGUAAAUUGCGAUUAAUCGGUGCACUAUGCGUUGUUUGCAUUCACAUUUGCACGCCAUUUAUAAGAUCCU